GAGGUUAAUUCCCUGCUACUAAUGUACCUCCAAGGCAUGACAUUUUUGUUUAUUUGCGCCUUUGCAAGAGUUGAAUAAUUCUUCGUCACUUUGAUCGCAAUAUUCAAGCAGUGAACAAGUUUAGCAGUGUAGUACAGACAUACGAAAAAUAAAGUAAUGAAAAUUUAUUGGAUAGCAUUGGCAAUUGUAGGAUGUGGUGGAAUACCUGGACUUUUAAACGUAUCAGCUGAAAAAAAAGAUGCAAACACUUUCUAUGUUGACUAUGAUCGAGAUACAUUUGUGAUGAAUGGGAAAGACUUCCGCUACGUAGCAGGAUCAUUUCAUUAUUUCAGAGCACUUCCAAAUACUUGGCGGACAAAAUUGAAGACUAUGCGAACAGGAGGAUUGAACGCAGUUGAUUUAUACGUCCAGUGGUCGUUACAUAAUCCCAAAGAAAACGAAUACAUGUGGGAUGGUAUUGCGAAUAUAACCGACGUUAUUGAGGCAGCAGUUGAAGCAGAUUUGUAUGUCAUAUUGAGACCUGGGCCAUAUAUCUGUGCAGAAAUUGAUAAUGGUGGCCUACCAUACUGGUUAUUUACAAAAUACCCUGGAAUACAGUUACGUACCAGUGAUACAAAUUUUAUGCGAGAAGUGAAAAUUUGGUACGAAAAAUUAAUGCCGAAAAUGACUCAAUAUUUGCAUGGAAAUGGUGGUCCAAUUAUUAUGGUACAAAUAGAGAACGAAUACGGUGCAUUUGGUAAGUGUGAUAAAAUGUAUUUACAGAUGUUGAAGAACGAAACGGAAAUAUACACAAAAGAAAAGGCAGUUUUGUUCACCGUUGAUCGGCCUUAUGAGAAAGAAAUUGAGUGCGGACAAAUCCCAGGAGUUUUUAUCACCACUGACUUCGGUUUGACGACAGACAAAGAAAUUGAUGAUUUCAAAGCAAAAGUCAGAUCUGUUCAACCAAAAGGCCCUCUUGUGAAUACAGAAUUUUAUACAGGUUGGUUGACACAUUGGCAAGAAUCAAAUCAACGGCGUUCUGCUGAGCCAUUGGGAAAAAGUUUACGUAAAAUGUUAAAUGAUGGUUGGAAUGUUAACUUUUAUAUGUACUUCGGUGGUACAAAUUUUGGUUUUUGGGCUGGCGCGAAUAAUUGGGGCCUCGGUGCAUACAUGGCUGAUAUAACAUCUUAUGAUUAUGAUGCACCAAUGGAUGAGGCAGGUGAUCCGACUAUGAAGUAUACCCUAUUUAGAGACAUUAUUGGAAGCUUCAUAGAUCUACCAAUAGCAAAAGUUCCAGACCGUGCUUCAAAGAUGAAACUUGAGACAGUUGUCAUGGCUAGUAUAGAUAGUAUAUUAUCUGUAAAUUCUAGAAUUUUACUAGGAUCCCCUGCUAUCAAGUCUGACCGAUUAAUGACGUUUGAAGAGUUAAAUCAAUUUUCUGGAUUGGUUCUGUACGAGACAACCCUACCAAAAUUCACACGUGAUCCCAGUCAAUUAGUUAUUAGUGAGCUGAGAGAUAGAGCGCAGAUUUACAUAGAUGAGUUUUACGUGGGGACACUGUCGAGAGAAAAUGCGAUUAACAGUCUUCCGAUUUCAGCCGGAUGGGGAACUAAAUUAUCAAUUUUGGUAGAAAAUCAAGGUCGCAUCAAUUUCGACGUUUUGGAUGAUUGCAAAGGAAUUCUUGGAAGUGUUACAAUUCAAACAUAUGAAAAGCCAUAUUAUGUGGAAUUAUUCGAUUGGACAAUAAUAGGAUUUCCAUUUGAAAAUUUUACCAAGCUCAAAGAGGUGGCUGAUUCAUCUACAAAUGAUCAAUGCGUAAAUGAUCGAGGUAUCGCUAUUCAUGGCCCCGUGAUAUUCAAAGGAGAGGUAAUAAUCAACACCAGUGAAAUUCAUGAUACAUAUAUAAAUAUGUCCGGAUGGGGAAAAGGCUUCAUAUUAGUCAACGGAUUCAACCUAGGUCGUUACUGGGCCGUAGUUGGCCCUCAGAUUACAGUGUACCUCCCCAAAGAACUAUUGAAAACUGGUCCAAAUGAAAUAAUAAUUGUAGAAUUUCAGAAGGCUCCAAAUUCUAGGCAAAUUUCCUUCUCUGAUGUUGCAAUACUAGAUGAAGUUUGAAAAUUGACGGCUGUUGAAAUUCUCUGUACUAGUUUGUAAUUGUAUUCAUAAAUACUAAAUAUAUUUCGUUUAUUUGCAUUGAAA